AGUUGUGUUAAAAUGAAUGUUUUAACCAAUUCCAACUGGAAAAUAUUAGUAUAAAAAAAUAAAAAAUAAAUAUAAUAAGAAUAUAGGAUAUGGUAUGAUGAUAGUAGUAUCAUUUUGAAAAUGGUUAAUGGCAUAACCCCACCUCAUUUUAUGCAAGUGAUUUAUAUAUUUCAUUUUAUCUUAUAUAUAUUGAUUUAUAUAUUUACAAAACUUAAGGUAGAUUUAUAUCCAUGUCUCUUGAAAUGUCUACCAGAUAUUUCUUGUAGACUAUAGAUGUUCAGCUUGUGAGUUGAUAGCAAAAAUCAUGGGUUUGCUUCCAAGUUUUGCAUAAUUAGAAGAAUUUGAUAGAUCAUAUUUUAUAGUUUUCAUAUAUAACUAGAGGCGAUAUACAACGUUCUUUGCGCAUUACUAUCCUUAUAUAUUUUUGUAACGUUUGUUUAUAUAAUUAAUUUUUAUUUUCUGAAGUCGUUUCUGUACUAAACAGGUCAUGCUUAUAAUACCUAAAGAAUCUACAGUUAUAGUGAAAUGAAUGCUAGCAUUUCUGAUUAAGUAUACUUCUAUUGGCAGAUUCUUAUCCAUUGCCAUUGCAGUGGUGGUCAGUGAACCAAUCAAAGAGAAGCAAAUUCAUACAUUUCUGGAGCGUCUAUAUUGCUAGAGGAGCUUAAUAGCAAAUGAAAAAAAAAAACAUGUCAGACUGACGGUGUUUUUUAUAUAAACUUUUCUUUGGUGAACGAAAACGGCGUAAAAGAUUUAAUUACUAAGUAUAGCAACAUUCUAUUGAUUUACACAUGAACAUGUUUUCAUAAUUUUAUUGUGUGAUUCUAUUAAAAACAUGGAUAAAAGUCAACAUAGUCCCAGCAAAGUUGCUCCAGUGAAUAAUUUUGGAGCUGACAAUGAAGAACCAUAUCCAAGUCUAUCAGAUUAUCAUGAUUAUGAACCAAAUCUUGAAUUUGAUGAUUCGGAAUUGCAACAUUCUUCCACAGCUUUAGCUCAAACAGUUGAAAUGAUUCAGGCUGAAUCAAAUAGUAUGGGCUCGCCUAUUUCCGAUUUUACCGACGAUAAUUUCGAAGAAGAAUUAGCCGAAGCGUGUGAAGAAAAUUUGGAUAGUCUGAUGUUUUGUUCUAACUCGUAUCCCGAAGUUGGUGAUAAUGCUUCCGAAAAAUUUUCAGAAAUUUCGAAAUACGGAAUUGUCGACGUAAAAGGUGAUGAUUCCGAUGGAAGGAAGAUCAUUGUUGUUUACGCUUGUAAAUUGCCUCAGAUUAAAGAGAUUGAUCAUGUGUUGUUAUUAAGUUAUUUGAAGUAUACGUUAGAAAGUUAUGUGAAACAAGACUAUAGCUUAAUAUAUUUCCACUAUGGACUGACCAGCAAAAAUAAACCAUCAUUCGGUUGGUUAAUACAGGCAUACAAAGCAUUCGACAGGAAUUACAAGAAAAAUUUGAAGGCGUUAUAUCUAGUCCAUCCAACAAGCUUCCUCAAAUUCGUUUCGCAAGUUUUUAGGCCUCUUAUCAGUGCCAAAUUUGGAAAAAAACUUAACUAUAUCCACAGACUAAAAGAACUGAACGCUUUUAUCCCAAUUGAAAAAUUAGAUAUUCCAAGUGAAGUCAUAGAGCAUGAUAAAAAACUUGGUGGAGAAGUACCUGCACCUUCAAUACCAGAUGGUCUGUAUGAACCAGUUUCACAGACCCAACAGUUUGGAGUGACAUUACAAUAUAUUAGAGAUCAAUAUAAUGUUAUCAUCCCACCUGUAGUUACACAAUGUAUAGAAUAUUUAGAUCAACCUGAUGCCCUUGAAACUGAAGGGAUAUUUAGGAGAUCAGCAAAUGCUAAUAAGGUUAGAAGUCUGAAGGAAAUUGCGAAUUCCGGCCAAAAUCUAACAUUUGAUGAUCCACAUGAUGCUGCGGUAUUACUUAAGAAGUUUUUGAGAGAAUUGAAAGAACCACUCUUGACAUUCGAACUUUAUGAUGAAAUUUUACAAUUUCAAAGUUGGAAUAAUGAUGAAAGGCUGAGAUUGGUAUCAAUACUUGUAAUGGAAAAACUUCCUGAAGAUAAUUAUAAAGUGUUGAAAUAUAUCAUACGAUUUUUAUCUAGGGUAAUGGAGAGAUCUGAUUUAAACAAAAUGAAUGCACAAAAUUUAGCUGUAGUCUUCGGCCCCAAUCUAGUUUGGUCCGAACUAGUUUCAAUGUCGCUAGCUGCCAUAGGUCCCAUCAAUAUGUUUACACAAUUUUUACUCAUCCAUCAGAAUGAUAUAUUCAUGAUAUAGAAAUAUUUAUCGAUCUAAUUUUUUAUGUGCGACCCUGUUUAGAAAUAUGUACAGGUUUUUACUGGAAGGGAGGUCUACUUAUUGUAGGUGAAUCAAAAUUUACCUGACCAAAUGUAAGCAGGGUUUCGUACUACUUAAUUUAAUUUUUAGAAAAAAAUAGAUUACGUUACGUAUCAUAUGGGCUGUAAUUUAAGGAAAUUUUGGGAAUUACAUUUAAAAUUUUUACAUACUUGAUAUGUUAUUUGGUUUCAUGUCUACCAUAAUAAGAUGAAUUGAUAUGUAUGUCAGAAACUAUGGGCGGUAUUUUUUUAAAAAACUUUAUGUGGGAGGAAAUAGUAAAUCCCGUUUUUUAUCGCAUUUUUUGAAUCUAUCAUAGAUUUCAAUAUAAAUUUUUGAAGUAAUUUUAAAAAAAUGUUUUGGAUACAAAGAAAAUAAAAAAUUACAAUAAUUUGCUGAAUGAAACCUGAAGCUUCCUAAAUAUUUGGAAUUUUGUCACCAAUCAACGCAAAAUAUUCACAUCGUAACCUCUUUUUCCGAAUACUGAAAUGUCAAAUAGUUAGUAGAAAAGUAAGUCAAGUGAUAGGACAAAUUGCACAUGAUUAAGAGAUGAUGAUGCAGAGCAUUCACUAAUGUAAAACACAAUCAGUUUGUUAAUAAGUAAAAACAAAACUUGUUAAGGACAGUGGACAUGGAUCUUCCACAGUUAUAAAACUCACACAGGAACAAACAAGGAAAUUAACUAACAACAGAUUUAUAACAAAAUAAGAAAAUACGAAAGUGACUAAAUGACAUAAUUCUCUUGUUCGAAGGACAGUCACAAAUUUAAAAACCUCAAUUAUACACGAGAGAGAGAGAGAGAGAAAGAGAGAUUUGUUGGAAAAAUUUAUUAGCAGGAGUUGUGCUAUUAGUUGUGCUUGCUAACAUAGCUGGAUGGGAGGAAAAGCGAACGAAAUUUGCCAAAAAAAAAACGAAAAGUGAGCUCUAGUAAGCAAAAGCGAAGUGGGGAUUUUUUUCUUUGGAAGUUUUUUGUUUGUUUUUUGAAAAUUUUGUUUUUUUUUCGAAAAUUUUAAAUGGGGGGCGGGCGGGUAUAGCUGCGACUACAUUAUUCGUGAACCGGUUCACCAGGUUACAGGGAAACUACAGAAAACCUGCAAGACAUACUUUUCUUUCAUCUUUCAAGUAUCACUCUAAUUUCAACAUGUAAGUGCAGUAAGUCAUUGUUUCUUUUGUUCUACUAUUACUACUACUACUACUGACACCACGGCCCUCUUAAGAGUUUUGACCUCGUCUACCACUCCAGUCAUUACGGUCCAACGCUCGGCGCCUCCACCCCCUCACACAUAGGACUCGAAGAUCCUCUUCGACGUUAUUUAGCCGUCGUUUGCGCGGUUGCCCAGGCAAUCUGUGGCCCUCGGGCUUCUGCCGGUACGCUUUGCGUACCUACCGCUCCUCAGGCAUAUGCACCAAGUGUCUUAGCCAUCUGAGUCUGCCCCUCUUGACUACUGUCACCAGGCUAGGUUUCAUAGAGCCAGGAGAGCUCUGUGUUUGUACGGCUACGUCACACUGGUCUAUAUAUUCGGCGUUAUAUCUUUCGCUCACACGUGCUGAACAGCCGUUUCUCGCGGCUGUUCAACACCUAAGUCUCGCUAGCGUACAUGACAACCAGGCGUAGAAUUCUUUUGCUCUAGAAAACAAAACUGUCAUCUGUUAGCUCUUGUAGCGAUUUAAUAAAAUUUUUGUUGUUGAAUUAAUAGAAAAAAAGAAAAGAAGUACUUUGAAAGCAAUUUUCUUGAAAUCAUACAUUUAAGUUUGAAUCAAGUGGAAGUCAAUCCAAAUUUUUGUUAGAAACUAUACUUGCGUAACUGUUGCACUAAACCUAGCUACUAUCAUGUCACUUUUGAGCUCUAUUGAGCCAUGUAGCGUUAGUUUAUUGAAUGAAGACAACAGCUGGUAUUUCGAUCAUUUUGCAAGUAACCUGUGGCGGGCCUGAGUGAAAGCAACAGUUACGUCCCUGUUCCCCUUUGUAUGUGUUUCUAAUAUUGUCUAUGAACUUAUUUCCAUUUGAUAUAUUUUUGCAAUUACGUCAUUGUUCUUUGGGAACAGGAAUAUUUGGUUUUUAAAUUAAAGUUUAUAUCGUCCUGUAUAAAAAGACGUGUCAGUUAAUUUUUGUGGAUUCCAAAACGUGUUAGAUUCCACAUCAAUGUUACUACAAUUUAUAAAAAUAAUCGAAUUGAUUCUAAAAUGAUUAAUUUAUGAGCAAAUAUCAAUUUUCUAAGUGGAUCGGUUAUUUUAGUUUAUCAUUUACCAAAAAUUAAUAAUAGGUUAUUAGUGGAAAAGUUAAUAUUUAGACAAAAUAUAAUAUUAAUAAAUAAAUCUCCUAGAAUUGAUUCACUGAAGGUUUAGUUAUAAAGUAAAAACUAUUCAGGAUCUUUCUGUGUAUAUAAGAUAAGAUAAACAAAGAUGUACUGUAAGGGUUUAUUAUGUCAAUUGUAUUGAUCUCACUUCCAGUAUAAUCUACGAUAUAUUUUAUCAGUGUACUGUGAUUUUGUUGCAUUUUUUUUUCUUAUAUUUAUGAACAAAUUUUAAUAUACAAUUUAUAUGUAUCUAUUAACGAACCUAUUUAUUAUUUUUGAUAGUAUCAAUAUUGUGAUUAAAACACUCCAAAUAAAAUAAAUACAUGUUACUAAAAGUAAUCAACUUUCUUUAUAUUUUCAAUCCCUGUAUUUAUAUAGAAAUGUAAGCAUAAGAAGACUGUUGCCGGCCGACAUGCUUAAUGAGCAAAUGAAAUAUUAUAAAUUUACAAAACACAGGUUUUUGACUUUUUUUAUAGUACGAUCUUUAUUGAAACCGUUGUAGUAGAAUCUAUCUGAGUACUAUUUAAAAUUCCAAAAACUGUAUUUUUCAAAAUAAAAUUUUUUAAAAAGUGACAAGUGACACAAUAAUUAAUUCAGAAUCUAACUGUAGGGGUCAAUUAAUGUAAUAUCGAGAUAGAAACUUAUUUUCUUAACAUCUUGAAGAUGGCUCCUCAGAUGAUCAAUUUUCUGUAAAACUGAAUGACUGUAUUUUGUGUUUCUGUUGCAUCGAAAAAAUAAAAUAGAAUGCCACAAUUAAAAAAAAAAGUUUGAAAUUGAAUAUGUCAUUAACGUUUCUCGAUCGGAAUGUAUCAUCGAAGAGGAUAACUUGUAUAGAAUAAAUGUGAUUAAUGAGUUUGCAGUCGCAAAAGUAUUUUUGCUUUCCAAUUUAUUACUCACCUUGGGCACGAAACCCGUAGGUUCGACGCUCAUGAGCUUGGCGCACAAAAAUCAAUUGGAACAAGCUUUGCUAAGUUUUAUGAAGUGUCAAAUUUGAAAACAUGUCACAAAUUAUUUUUUAUGUGUCGCCGAGUCCGAAAGAUUAAUUGAAUAUAAAGUACGAAUACUUUGGUAGUACUUCUUUGAAACUAUAUUUUACUAUAUAUACCGUCUUGGGUCCUUCUUUAUUAAAUAAUAAAGGAUAUUUCCUAUUUGUCUCUUUAUCCAAUAAUUUUGUUUUAAGCAAACACAAAUGUAAAUCUAAUGGUGAAUUCCACUAAGCGUCUAUGGCGCCUGAAAAUUCUCUGUUGGUCGUUCAACAUAGCGACUAUGAUCAUUGUGGUAGCGGCGAGAACGUCGAGAUGCGCCGAAGUGAGUGUUGAAAGAAUUAGCGGAAUUUUCAAAACUCAAGCACCAUAGAUUGCAACGAUGAGAAUAGAACAGAGAACUGUUUGGAUAUAUUUUAAAAAAUAUAAAUUAGGAUUUUUCAUAUGUUAGAGCGUAAGUUCCUUUUGUUCAAAUCUGUUCUUUCUACUCUUUCUUUCUUUCGUAUUUCCAUCUGUGUUCCAGUUUCCUUCCUCAUUUUAUUGUUUCCCACAGUUCUCCAGCUUCCAGGUUGGGAGCUUCAACCACAAAAGAUCCACCCACCAGAACACAAAUUUAACUAACUUCAACAUCUGGAAAUAAAGUUGAGGGCAACAACCGGAUUUCCAGUCCCAGCCUUGUUUUUAAUAUAUAAAUAAAUAUGAGUUGUUUUGAUAAUUUAUAACUGCUUUGUUCGUUGUGCUCUUUUGGAUAAUUGUUCAUUCCAUCUGAGUACCAGUCAUUUAAAUAUUUUAAUUGAGACCGAAUUAUACCUACUGAGGAAGUAAGUUUGCAAUUUUAUUAGCAACUCAUUCAUUAUAUCCACUCAAAAUUUCAAUUAACGCACUCAAAAAGGACGUUACUGAGAAUUCUUCAAAAUAACAAAAGUGUUACGACUUCAAAGAGAUGGUGACUGA